UCCUCCUCCCCCCAUCUCCUAUCCGACCACCUCUUCUUCUCCCCCUCUCCUUUUCUUUUUCCUUUCCUCAUAUCUUCAUAACCUUUUCGCUCCUUCGGCUGGUUUACAUUCCCAGCUUUCUCUAUUUCUUUUUUGACGGAUUGGGAGGAAGAUAGUCACCAUGAGCGGCCUACGCUUCCUUGACCUGAUCAAGCCCUUCACGCCCCUCCUCCCGGAGGUGGCGGCGCCUGAGACUAAGGUGCCCUUCAACCAGAAGUUGAUGUGGACGGGUUUGACUCUCCUCAUCUUCCUGGUCAUGAGCCAGAUGCCUCUGUACGGUAUCGUGUCUUCCGACACCUCUGACCCCCUGUACUGGCUGCGUAUGAUGCUGGCCAGUAACCGCGGUACCCUGAUGGAGUUGGGUAUCACCCCCAUCAUCUCCUCCGGCAUGGUCUUCCAGCUCCUUGCCGGUACCCACCUCAUCGACGUCAACCUGGACCUCAAGACCGACCGCGAGCUCUACCAGACCGCCCAGAAGCUUUUUGCCAUCAUCCUUUCCUUCGGCCAGGCCUGUGUCUACGUCCUGACUGGUCUCUACGGCCAGCCCAGUGACCUGGGUGCCGGUAUCUGUGUUCUCCUGAUCGUCCAGCUGGUUGUUGCUGGUCUCGUCGUCAUUCUGUUGGAUGAGCUCCUCCAGAAGGGCUACGGUCUUGGUAGCGGUAUCUCUCUGUUCAUUGCUACCAACAUCUGCGAGUCCAUUGUCUGGAAGGCGUUCUCCCCCACCACCAUUAACACUGGCCGUGGCCCUGAGUUCGAGGGUGCCAUCAUUGCCCUGUUCCACCUGCUCCUUACCUGGCCUGACAAGCAGCGCGCCCUGUACGAGGCCUUCUACCGCCAGAACCUGCCCAACGUGAUGAACCUGCUGGCCACUCUCCUGGUCUUCGCUGCCGUCAUCUACCUCCAGGGCUUCCGUGUUGAGAUCCCCGUCAAGUCCGCCCGCCAGCGUGGCAUGCGCGGUUCUUACCCCGUCCGUCUCUUCUACACCUCCAACAUGCCCAUCAUGCUCCAGUCUGCUCUGAGCUCCAACGUCUUCCUUAUCUCUCAGAUGCUGUACUCUCGCUUCUCCGACAACCUGCUGGUCCGUCUCCUCGGAGUCUGGGAGCCCCGUGAGGGAUCCGCCCAGCUGUACGCUGCCUCUGGUAUCGCCUACUACAUGUCUCCCCCCUGA